AGAACGCAUACCAUGACUAAUGAGAAUGAAUUUUUUGUAUAAAUCUUAAAUAUAUUCGAUGUAAAAUUUUUAGUAAUUAAUCAGAAGUGAAAGUGUUCGGCUGAUAGAAGGAAAAAGUUGUGUUGUGAGCUGUGUUGCUGGGAUCCUUAUAAACGGCAACAUUUUUACAAUUUCUAUCUACGAUGCAACCAUUUGCGGGUAACACAAUGGCGACCGAGACACCAAGUCUGUCACCUGAGAGGGUAACUUCCCCAACGCCUUGCCGAAAUCUUACAUUUUCCAUUGCAAAAAUUAUGGAACCGGACAAACGAUUGACCGAGCAAAGCGCUAAUCCGGUGCCUCCACCACCGCCAGCGAUGCCAGCGACAACAACGACAACGAUUCUUCAGCUGCCAAACAUUUCUUCCCCAUCAUACUCGGCGCAUUUGAAGUCGGCGUUUGAGAAGUAUGUACCGACCUUGAGGCAUCAAGAUUUGCUCCAACAUUAUCCCGUAUUAUCUAAAUAUUAUCCAUUGUACUAUCCGAAUCCCUUGCUGAGGGCGUUCCCAGGCCCUCCCGCUUCGACCCCAUCGAUCACUCAGAAUUCGCCACCUCCCACAACUAUUCAAGAGGCUUCUUCGAGAUUGAAUCUAACCAACAUAUCACCAGAAAAUCAGCGGGGCAAGAAGAGCCCAGCGCCGCGUAGUGACCUCGGUACUGCGAAUAAGCAAAAGACUUUCACUUGUCCGGAAUGCGGCAAGGUGUUCAAUGCACAUUAUAAUUUAACUAGACACAUGCCAGUGCAUACGGGCGCCCGACCAUUUGUUUGCAAGAUUUGUGGCAAAGGUUUCCGUCAAGCCAGCACUCUUUGCCGACAUAAGAUCAUCCACACCGCUGAAAAGCCGCACAAGUGCGUGACAUGCGGCAAAGCCUUCAAUCGUAGUUCUACUCUCAAUACCCAUACACGUAUACAUGCCAAUUUCAAACCGUUUGUCUGCGAGUUUUGCGGCAAGGGUUUUCACCAAAAGGGUAACUAUAAGAACCACAAGCUCACACAUAGCGGCGAGAAAGCGUACAAGUGCAACAUAUGCAAUAAAGCGUUUCAUCAAAUCUAUAAUCUGACAUUCCAUAUGCACACACACAAUGACAAGAAACCGUUCUCCUGCAAGAUCUGUGGCAAAGGCUUUUGUAGAAACUUUGACCUCAAGAAACACAUGCGGAAACUGCAUGACGCGAGUUCACCAGUGCUUAGCGGAUUGGAUGCCUCGGGCCAGAGUCAUAAUCAACAAUCGAGCUUUUCGUCAGUAUAUCACGGCCCGGAACAUUCUAUCGUCAGUCCAUUUAUACUUCCUCCACCUGGAUCCACCAGUUACCACUCUUUGAAUUCGAUGAUCCUUCUCCAGGAUUUAAGUAUGCGCAUUAAUACUGUGUCUGUGAGGUGAAGUUUAUCGAGAACAAAAAAAGUGUUUAAAUUGAGAUCUUUUUUAUUAUUUCUUAAAUCAAUAUGACGUCAGAGAUAUUAAUAUCGUAACAACAUUUGCUUUAUAUAAAAACUUUGCAAUCUGUAUUUACGAAAUUGUAGUCCAUAGAGUAGUGGGUUAAACGAACAAACACAUGGUUAGACGUCUAAUUAAACCGUUAUUAUUCUACGAAAAUGUAUGUAUAUGUGUGCGUGAGGUAUAAAUGUAAUAGUAUAUAAAGAUACAGAUAUAUCAAUGUAUCGCGUUUUAUCCAUAAAACAGCGAUCUUGUGGGAGUUUGAACUCUUCACUUUAAAAUCCUCUUAAAUCCCUCAGAAUUUCGAAAAACCUAAUAAUAUAGAAUUUAAAAAAUGAUGUUAAUCAUACAUAAUAAAAGCAACAUUUUGCCGCCAAAUUCAUUUCUGUAUGACUCCCAAAUCAAGUAAAAAAUUCUAUACUAGGAUUACUUUUGAACUCCGAAUUUUUGUAACUUUUGGUGGCUGUUUACACGAUUUAUGCCGAAGUUAUAACAUCGAUGUUAUAAAACUGGCUAAUCAUAGCUAUUUCUCUGUGAUUGGCUACUUUCAUAACAUCGAUGUUAUAACUUCGGCGUUAAUCGAGCCGUGUAAACGUAAUCAAUAAGAGCAUUGUAACAACUUAUAGUUUGCGCAAAUAUCUUUAGUCUAACUAGACCUUUAAAAUAAAAUACAAUUCAACUCCUUUUUCCAGUUUCUCAAAAUAACUCGAACGUUCCCUAUUCUUCCUUGAUAUCAAUG